AUGGCGAGACGCAGCAGAUUGGUCUUGCCAUCUUGGUGCGCUCUCAUAUUCACGAUCCUCCUGAACCUUCUCCAGGUUCCAUCAGCAUGUUCUGUGCCUCUCUACGUUCGCAGCCCCUCUCCAAGAGCCGCCUUUGUUGCCCUUGUGUCCGAGAACCAGCUCGACCAGAUGGUGGAGUCCGUCACCCAGCUCGAACAGCGAUUCAACAGCAAGUACCGUUACGACUGGGUGUUCUUCAGCUUUGAAGAGCUCAGCGAAGACUUCAAGGAUGCCACUUCUAACGCCACCACUGGAACUGUCACCUACAACUUGAUCACUCAGCAACACUGCUCUGUCUCUCGCCAGGCUGAAAUGGGUCGCUCCAAUGCUGUGGACACUGGUACAGCUCAAACACAAGUUUCCCACCACAGCCGACGCUGGUCUGCUGGUCCAUUUGCACGGGAGAAACGUCUCCAGGCUUACGACUGGUUCUGGAUGGUCGAGCCUGGUACCCAGUUUAUGUGCGAUAUCAACUUGGACAUCUUCCGUCUGAUGCGAGACCAUGGCAUUACCUACGGUUUCAACGAGAUGCCCUCCCAAGACGAAGAGAAUUCGAAGCAGUUGUGGCAGAGUACCAAGUACUUCAUGGCUAAGCACCCCGAACUGGUUCGACCGGCGGCCGAUAUCACGUGGAUCCUGACCGACGGCGGCAACCUAAGCGAGCCCAGCUUUUCUUCCGAGUACCAUGUUGGCCAGAAGGAGGAGGUGCAUAUUGACCAGGACUUGGACUUUCGAACCCAAGCCUGCAGACGCGGCGGAUCAGAGAAUGAGGGAAGCGUUUGUCCCGGUGUUUCCCAUGAGGCUGAUGAUGAGCAGUACAAUUCCCAUUCGACGAUUGACGCCAAUGUUCCCCGGCUUGCUUCCAACUACGAGGAGUGUGCUGCCGACACUCGCAUCGAGGUUGGCAGCCUUGAUCACUUCCGCAGUCUUCAGCAUACCUCCUACUUCGAUUACCUCGACAACGCCGGCGAGUUUUACGACGGAAACCCUGGCGACCUCAAUGUCCACUCUCUCAGCGCCAGCAUGUUUCUGCCCCGCGAAAAGCUCUGGCUGUUCGGCGACAUGGCCGGCGAGAUGAACAGCCUUCACAGUCGGCCACUCCUAUCGCGUCCGGUGUCCCACUCGGAUGUCGUCCAUGACUCAACCUCCUUGGCCGACAUCCUUGGCAGUUCCUGGUUCCACUCGCCCGAUGGUAGUCACCUAUCCAUCAUCCACCGGCUCUGGGCAAACAUGGCAUCGGGGAUCGCCCGACAGAACGGCUUUCCCGCAGCACAAACUGGUCACACGGCCCUCGACGAGCGCAACUUCAAGAUUUACAAGCCGGAACGCUACCCGGUCGACGUCAAAUUGGGAUGGUACUCGUUGGAGGACACCUGGCGGUCUUGGGCCAUCGACCGUGCCAAGCAACUCCUCGCCCUCCUGGGCUGGUAA